AGUGUCGAAAGUUAUAUGGUCCUCCUGAAUAAGUGUACCUCUCAGACAUCUCUGACCGUAGCAUCGAACGUUUUUAUAGUUCAUACAAUUAUUGACAUUAUUUGAUGUAUGUCCUCCGGUUUAGCUAUUUGCUUUUGAUCUAGGUUGUAAAUAUGGGUUCUUCCAAAAAAAGUAGAGAUAAGGAUCGAGACAGAAGUAGAGAAGAAAAGAAAAAGAGGAGACACAGGUCACGAUCCCGCUCCAAGGAGAAAGAGCGUCAUCAUAGACACAAACACAAGAAGAAAAGCAGGCGCAAGGAAGAAGAGGAAACUGUUGUAAUUGACAGUCGCAGCAAUUCCCCUCUGUCAGAAGUCAGUGCUCAGUCAGCUGAUGAGAUCAGUGUGGCAACUGAGCAUUUUGAGACCACAGGGACUGCUCCACCGCCACCCCGACUGUCAGGCAGGAAUGCGUCACCAUCCUACACACCUCCGCACCGCGGCCGCAAACGCGAGCUAGACGACGACGUCGUCCAGGAUGACGUGAGGCUCGUGAAGCGAGGCAGGGACAAUGCCCCUGUUGGGGCAGGCUGGGAGGAUGACAGUGAUGCUGUAGCCAAGAGCAACGCUGCAAAUGGUGGCAAAAACGGAAGUGGAGGGGAUGGAGGGAGUGGCGGUGGUGGUGGUGGUGGAGCUGCGUCACUGUCCAUUGAAGAAUCUAACAAAAUUCGGGCUAAACUUGGUCUCAAACCACUGCAAGUUGAAGAGAAGCAGCCUCGGCAGAACGAUGAAGAUUCCACUCCCCUCCAGCCUGGGGAGACAAAGAUUGUUGAAGACUCGCAUGUAUUCAUUCACAAACCUGCUCAAAACAUCCAGGAUAAAGUGCAGGUGGAGAAGCUGCGAGAGAAGAUCGCAGCUCAACGAGAGAAGAGGCGCCAGAAAGAGAAGCUGAGCCGCGUCAAGACGCUCGGCGAGUCAGACUCUGACGACGAUGCGCUCGCUUGGGUCAACAAGUCUCGCAAGAUCGCUAAGGAUCGCGAGGAAGCCCAGAAGAAGGCCAAACAGUUGGAGGAACUUGAUGCAGAAUUUGGGAUUGGGGAGCUGGUGGAGGAAGAAGUGGCCAAGGAUAAGAGACGCGCCUACGACAGGCAGCAUCUGUCUGGGCUUAAAGUGCAGCACGAUAUGAGCAGAUUCAUAGAAGGCACCACCAUCCUGACGUUAGCCGACGCGGACGUUCUCUCCAAUACUGAAGACACUCUGAUAAACGUCAACAUUGUGGACCAGGAAGCUGCAGAUCUGAACAUCGAGCGACGUCGCCAAAAGGAUGAUCUUGAAUAUGAGGCUCCUGAAAUGGACGAAUUCGGCAACUUGAAGCACAAUAAAAUUUUGAAGAAGUAUGACGAGGAGCUGAAUGGUCGUGCCAAGGCGUCAUUCCGGCUGGGUAGUAAAGGCCAAGCAGUUCUUGAUGACGAAAGCGCCCUACAAAAUCUGGGUGAAAAGCAGCGGAGACUCGCCAAGCUACGCCAGCUGCACAGUCUGGCAGCUACUGACAAUCAGCUGGCGCCUGAGUAUAUGACUCAAGAUGAGGCGUCCGCUGCCUUUAGGAAGCCUAAGAAAUUGAGAAAGAAGAAGAAAAAGAAAAUGCUGACAGCUGAUGACCUAGAGCCCAUCGAUGAUGGUGAGGUCCACCAUGGCUCACGAAGUGGUGGUCUCCGUGUUCCACAAGAACGAACCAUAGGCGAGCCAGAGGAGCUGGAACCUGGAGAAGUUGAGGGUGGCAAAACAAAAAGUCUUCGUGAACUAAUGGAGGAGGAUGACGAUGACCCAAGCCAAAAAAUGGAAAUCGAUGUCGACAAUGAUUUUGAUGGCGAGAUUUUUGAAGACGACUUGGAUCUUCAGGAAGCUUUAGCGAAUUCGCGGAAAGCAAAGCUUGCCAAGCAACGGCAACCGAAAUUAGAAGACAUAAGAACCAUGCUUGAGUCCAAUGAACCUUCAGGGUCGUCAGUUCCCCUCUCAGAACUGCUCGGCGGUGACGGUGGUGGCGGUGAUCCGGAAGAAGGUGGCUCUGGUCUCGUAGUUACUCUCAAUAAGACGGACGAGUUCUGCCGGACACUUGGUGAUAUUCCUACAUACGGCUUGAGUGGCAACCGGGCUGCAGAGGAAGACCAAAGUGCAUCUCUGUUGCAGCAAAACACCAAAGCUUCUACACAGCCUGAAGGCGUUGGGGGAGCAUGGGAGGAGGUCGGAAUUGACGAUACUAAGGUUGAAAUCACCGAGAACCAAUCGGUCCCAAUCCUGGAUGAAGAGCCUGACGCCAGUAGGGGAGUAGCCAAUGCGCUAAGACUUGCCAUCAAGAAAGGUUACUUGGAGAAAGAUCAAACCGUCAAGAAGGCAAACGCUGCUCUGCAACACCUGCGUGCUGUCAAUUAUAGCAUUGAUGACAAGGCUGGGGAAGACGAUCGUAGGGGACGUGGGGGUGACCGAUAUUCCUCGGGUCCCAUCACGGACUUCAAGGAGAAAGAGGGAUACAAACCCAAAAUUUCGCUUGAAUACGUUGAUGACGAAGGCCGCAAGCUGUGUCCCAAGGAAGCUUUUAGGUAUUUAUCUCACAAAUUUCACGGCAAAGGAUCCGGUAAGAAUAAAACUGAAAAGAGGAUGAAGAAAUGGCAAGAGGAACUGCUCAUGAAGCAAAUGAGCUCUUCGGACACGCCGCUACAAACGCUCGAGCGACAAAUGGACAAGCAGAAGGCGCUGGGCAGUAGCUACCUCAUCCUCAGCGGCAACCACAGCCAAGAGCACCACGCCGCCCCGGAGACUCGCAUCAAAAAAUAAAACCGCUUAUCGGGCAUCACGUGACCUUUCAAUCUAUUUUGCUCGCCUCAUCACUUCUCUUACUCCGUUUGUUUUUUAACGCGCUGUCAUAUCUAUCCUGAUGCAUACAGCCUUCCUUUUUGCUGAAACAUCGUUACCGUAUUAAUAGAUGCGCUUUCUGUCUCAAUACACUAUUGGUUCCAUCUCAA